AUGGCACAUCCCUCCCAAUUAGGAUUCCAAGACGCGGCCUCACCUGUAAUAGAAGAACUCCUUCACUUCCACGACCAUGCACUCAUAAUUGUAUUCCUAAUCAGCACCCUAGUACUUUAUAUUAUUGUAGCGAUAGUGUCCACUAAGCUGACAGAUAAAUACACCAUCGACUCCCAAGAAAUUGAAAUCGUAUGAACUGUACUUCCAGCAGUAAUUCUUAUCCUUAUCGCACUUCCAUCCCUCCGAAUCCUCUACCUAAUAGACGAAAUCAACGACCCACACCUGACCAUCAAAGCUAUAGGACACCAAUGAUACUGAAGCUAUGAAUACACAGACUAUCAAGACCUGGGCUUCGACUCCUACAUGAUCCCAACACAAGACCUGGCCCCCGGACAAUUCCGAUUAUUAGAAACAGACCACCGAAUGGUUGUACCAAUAGAAUCUCCAGUUCGAGUACUAGUAUCAGCCGAAGACGUCCUACACUCAUGGGCAGUCCCCGCUCUAGGUGUUAAAAUAGACGCAGUGCCCGGACGCCUAAAUCAAACAGCAUUCAUCGCCUCUCGACCCGGGGUGUUCUACGGGCAGUGCUCAGAAAUUUGCGGGGCAAACCACAGCUUUAUGCCCAUCGUAGUAGAAGCUGUCCCCUUAGAACACUUCGAAAACUGGUCCUCCCUAAUACUAGAAGACGCCU